UUGAGGAAGUUAAAAUAUUAAACAUGAAUAAACUAAAUGACUUUAAUGAAAACCUAUCUGAAGACUUAUUAGACGAAAAUGCUUCAGUCUCCAGCAUCAAUAUCUCCACAAACCUUGACAAGAAUAUGUCAAAAGAUUUAUUCAGUAUGAAUGUCCUCAGCAGUAAAAUUUUGAAGGCUGAAUCAUGCCCUUUGGAUAAACUGGGAGUGCUAGUAUCAUCAAGAGACCCAGUGUCCCAUUGAAGCAAGGAUUUUGUAAUUCCAAGAAAAGAACUACUCUUUAAAAAGUUUAAAUCCCAAGGUUGGGUUAGUGAAUCCAACCUUCAGAGUGAUAUCAAGCAUCUCCUAAGGAGAGCCAUGAGAAUAAGGAGUAACUCAGAUUUAUUAAAGGAAGAUAAAUACAAGGGAGUAAAUACAAAAGUGGCUAAACCAUCUAAGAGCAGACUUGUAAGAGGAGUAACGAUUCAUGAUUGAGAAGCACCCAAAUGUUCCCUCUAA